AUGCGAUUAGAAUUAAAAAAAUUAGAGUUAAAAAGGUUUGAAUUAAAAAGGUUUGAAUUAAAAAGCAAGUUUAGUUUUUGUUUUAUAAAUUUGAGUUAUUUAAGUAAAUCAGGCCCCUUCACCUUAUAUGGUAAUUUACGCACUUGUAAAAAACUUAAGCGUACACAUUCUGGUAGAAAAGCGCUGUUACGUGCUUUAACCACUGCGGUACUUCGUCAUGGCAGGAUCAUAACCACUUUCAACAAGGCUCGGCAGGCUAAACCUAAGGUUGAACGGAUUAUAAAAUACUCCAAAAAAGAGAAUAAACGCCAUGCUCGCGUUUUAAUUAAUAGUUACUUGUAUGAUAGGGAAUUAACGGAGAAUAUUUUAAAACUUGCUCCGGAACGGUUUAAGGAACGGCAUGGCGGUUACUGCAGAAUCAAACGACUUAACACCUUUAACAUCGGCGAUAACUCAACUCGCGUAAUCUUAGAAUUAUUAGAAUACUAA